AUGUCAUCGCAGGGGCCACCGCUCAAUCCGACUGUGUACGAUGCUGAGACGAAGAUUUUCAGCUCCGAGUUGGUCAAGCAAUUUCCCCCGCCUACUGCCAAGACGGUCUGGAGUCUGCUGAUGGGCGAUGCAGAGGGUGACGAGGAGCACGUCGUAUUCAUCGACACUGAGGAUGGCACGGAGUGGAAGUGAGUGGAGGGAAUGAAUGCGCUCCUGCCCUCCAACAAGUGCCGACUGGCUCAUGCGUCUUGCUCCAUUGCCGCUGUGCCAGACUUGGCCAACUCAGAGUCCUCGCGGAGCGUCUAGGCGCUGGCCUGACGCGAGAUGCUCAAAUCCCAGCAGGCUCGGUCGUGAUGCUGCUUCUUCCCAAUUCCAUCCACUUUAUCGUCGCCUUGCUGGCAGCCCAGUAUGCUGGACUCACCGUAGCUCUGGCCAAUCCAGCAUACACGACGCACGAGCUUUCCCACUGUCUGAGACUGACAAAGCCGGUGAGGAUAUUCAGUGUCAGCAAGCUGCUGGGUCUCGCAACAAGGAGCGGGGCGACGUGGAGCCAGUGCAUCGUCAUGGAUACACAUGUAGGCUACGGCACGAUAUUUUGGCGGGAAUGUUUGAAGAGCGCGGAAGAAGCUGGUGAGGCAAAGCCUAGAGAGGUGGAUCCUUCUAGCGUUGCCUACCUGCCCUUCUCCAGCGGCACGACUGGUCUGCCCAAAGCCGUAUGCAUCUCCCACGCCAACAUUGCAGCCAUGUGUCACAUUAUCUCCAUCACGCCAGGAGCGUACGAUCGAGGUGUCAGAAGCAUAGGAUUUCUUCCAUUCUUCCACGCCAUGGCUCUCCUCCUCAUGAUCCACAUGCCCAUCUAUCGCCGCGGCACGAUCUACAUUAUGGCUUCAUUCAAUCCAGCUAGAUUUUUGCACAUAGCACGAAACGCGGGCUGCACGGAUCUAUCACUUGUGCCUCCCAUCUUCACCAUGCUGGUGACCAACGCCGACAUUCCUCGAGAUUCUCUCAAAAGUGUGAGGACCAUCAGAUGCGGAGCGGCACCCCUGGACUCCGCCAUGCAAGUCGCCUUUGCCGAGAAAUUCGGCAUCGAGGAUAUUCGUCAGGGCUGGGGAAUGACGGAAACGACGGUGGGGUGUCUAGGUUUGGCUGCGGGCUCGACACCAGGGACAGUGGGCAACAUACUGCCCUUUGUGCAAGCUCGGAUUGUCGACCCGGAAUCUGGCAAAGAUGUAGAGAGGGGCGAGAGCGGAGAAUUGUGGGUCAAAGGCCCAAACAUUAUGCAGGGAUAUCAUGCAAAUCCGCAAGCGACGACGCAAGCUUUCUCGGAUGGCUGGUUGAGAACGGGCGACGUGGUAUUCGCAAACGAAGUGAGCGAUGCGGUCCCACUUUGUCCUUGGCGCAGUGCUCAACGCUGAGCUUUUCCUUCUGCCAUGCCAAGCGCGGCGAGUUCACUGUGAGUAGGCCUUUCUGAUGACAGGUCGUGCAGGGUGUCAAUGUUGACGUUCUAAACCUUCUGGUCUCAAUCUCAAGAUCAUCGACCGCAUCAAAGGUGAAGCGUUGCGUCAUCCCGUGACCUUUCAGUGAUGUAACUGGGCGGGCUGACGAUGAAUUCGUCCCCGCCUGCCGCAGAGCUGAUCAAGUACAAAGGUUGGCAAGUGGCUCCAGCAGAGCUGGAAGGUCUGUUGCUUUCGCACCCCAAGUGAGUUCUUCCUGCUUGGCGAGCACUGGCUAAUUGCGAUCGAGAGCGAGCCUGUCCUCAAAUUGCCACCUUCUCGCCGCCUUGUAUAGAGUUGUGCAAGCUGGAGUGAUAGGUAUCUACGAUAGAAAGCAAGGAACGGAGCUGCCACGAGCUUACAGUGAGUAUUUCACGGCCUGCUGGCCUACUUUGCGUCAUUUUACUGCUGGUGGUCAUGAAAUGCGUGCCUCUUCGUGCCCACCACAGUCAAGGUGCAGAACAGCUCCAACGAGCCAGAGGAGCUCGUGCAGGAACUGCAAGCUUUUGUGGCCCGCAAGGCUUCUGCGCAGAAACAGCUGCGAGGCGGCAUACGAAUCGUCGACGCUGUGCCUGUAUCCCCUAGCGUGAGCGUCAUGCGGCCGAUCUGGUAACAACAAUGGAGCGUUUGUUAUCCGAUCACCCUUUUGACUAUCAGCGCGCUGACACGAACACAACCUGGCUCGAUUCGCGCCAGGGAAAGGUCCUUCGUAAAUUGCUGCGGGCCAUGGUGCAGAAAGAAGAAGCAGCGGAGAAGGAUGCUAUGGGCGCAAGCAAGCUUUGA